AAGUCGGGUUACUCGUCGUGGUGUGGCAGUAACAACAACACUGCGGCGUAUUUCCGCUUGCCACAUCAGUCGUCCUCCGCAGUCGCCAACGCAUCAGUAUCCCCUCAUCAGCAGCAGCAGCAGCAGCAACAGCAGCAGCACCACCAACUCCAGCCGCAAACGCAAAUGAACCAUCAGCAACAGCAGCAGCAGCAGCAACCACCGCAUCAUCAUCCCCAUCAUCAUGCGCAUCAUCCGGGUGCGGCAGUUGCAACUGGGACGCUCCACGGUCACCCGCACGGACCGCCCCAUAUGCACGCCCCCCAUCCGCAUCAUCAGCAGAACCACCACCUGCCGCAGCAGCAGCAGCAGCAGCAGCCGCCGCAGCAACAGCAGGCCCAACACUAUCCGCAUCAUCCUCAGCAGCAGCAGCAACAGCAGCAGCUAACAUUUGCGGACACCACCAAAUCGACCAUGCUGAAGGCAGCAGCGGCCGCAAGUGGUGGUGGAGCGGGUGCCGGCGGUGGCUAUGUGAUGCAGGAAAACUAUUACAACUCGGCGGCGGCCGCCUCCUCGGCAGCAAUGAUUGGCCAUUCGCCGUAUGGCGUUGGAGCCGUCGUGCCGCCGAUUGGAGCGGGAGCUGCGGCGUGUGCGGCAGCGGCGGCGGCGAUUUCGGCAAGCAAACCCCGAUUCAAACUUUAGGCAUGAGAGAAGAGGGAAGACAAAAACAAGAUAAGAUGAGAUGGACAUGAGGGAACGGUUUAAUGAUUUUUUUCAUUUAAUAAUUAAAACACUAUUCUUAAACAUUAUUGAUUAAAGAAAAGUAACAAAAAAAUGAGGAAGCCACGAACACAAGGAUACAAAUCAAUAUAUACAUUAUAUUAUACACCAACAACACAAUGGGGUACAAUAAGUACACAGCUGAGUGGAAAUUCAUUCUAAAUGAUGGCAAACAACAAAUAUUCAGACAAAAAUACAACAGGGUCCACACAACCGACUGCUUUGGACAACUCUCAAUUCCAGCCCCACCCGCGGAAAACAUUCGGAAAAUGAAAAGUAAUCGCGUAGGAAAUGAGAGAACAAAAAGAACGUGUGUUGAAUGCAAGGAAACAAGGAGUCGAUCAGCCUUGCACCGAGAGCGCGAGCAGCAUUUUAUUUAGUCCCAGAACAAGUUAAAAGCCUUACCAAAAGAUAUCUAGCUAACAAGAUCGAAGAGGUUGACAAAUUGUGGUACUUCUCGUCCAGGAUGAUAGGAUUCGUGGAUUUUCCACUACACUACACUAAACUAAAGUGCGAUAUGAAAUAUUGCCUCGCUUGUUCGGACGCUGUUGUUUUGAUGUUCAAAAUUAAACAGUUUGUAGUUGUAGAGCCAGGGCUAGUAUUGAUAAAUGAUUUUUUUUUAUUGGUCCUCAAACUUGGACCGGUCGUUACAAUAUUCGCUACUCUCGGUUUUCACCUUUGUUUGACACUAGUUUUCUUGAUUAGAAUUUUCCAAUUCAACAGAUUAGCGACAGGGAUACUGCCUCUGAUCGGAGUAUCUGGCCCUAGAGAGGCUUCUAAAAUGUUACAAUAAAGGGGCCCGUUAGCUCUUGCGCUUUGUAUGUUCUCCAGCGAUGAUCUCUCAACAAGCUUAGCAACCACAGCACACACCCACAUACGGCCUUGGGUGGGGGCCGGGUGUGUGAUUAACAGAAGGAAUAAAAGGGCGCAAGAAAUAGGUAUCCAAAUUUUGCAAAUUUUGAUAAUGGUUUAUCUGUUGUAUGCCACCAUUUGUUGUAGAACGGAAACUAGGAACGUAGAAACAUACUGACACACUUCCACACAUACACAGGACACAGAAACACACUCCCCCUUUAUCUAUUGUAACACAGUUAUUGGCGAUGGACGUUUUUAGUGAGUACACACACGGCGUUGAGUACGUCUUAUCGUAGGACAGCAGAAACAGUAGCAGCAGCAACAUCCAGAAUGCUAGAAGCUAGCUAUAAAUAGCUAUUAUAGGCUGAUUAUUGGCGAGGCAAAACCGAGGACGUUUUGUUCGCGGGUUUGCGGAGAAGCGAAGAGUAGCAGCAGCAGCAGCAGCAGCAUAAGCCUAUAAGUGUGGACGUACAUAAGUUUAUGCUAGAAAGAAGGGGGAGAGAGAGCUGAGCCGAAGUACGUGGGUGGAAUCAUGAGUGCAACCGUUGCAGCGCACCGAAUUGCAGUUGAUUGAAUUACGCAAACGAUGCAAAGAAGAUUGAAGUAUAAUACAAACACGAUUGGAGAACUUUGUAGUAGUGGUUAAUUUGAAAUUAUUGAUGGAGCUGAAGAAAAAAAAACUAUCCUAACACAAAACAAA